AUGGAGGAAACUGUAUACCACGGCAUACCAGAAAAUGUGGAGGUGCGGAUAUCAGCAAUCUCAGGCAGGGGCUUAUGGGCCAAGAAUUUAAUCAAAGCUGGUUCUGUUAUUAUAUCACUAAGACCUUAUUCAUUUGCACUUGCUAGCCGGUGUUUGGACUCGCAUUGCUCCUCUUGUUGUACUGGAUGCCACACAGUUCGGUAUUGCAACACUACGUGUCAGACAAAUGACUGGUCACUUCAUCGACUCGAAUGUUCUGCAUUGAGGAAAUGGGCCAAGUCAGCACCAUCGAAAAACUUAUCUGUCCCAAGUGAUGCUGUCAGGUGCUGGGUCGAAUCUUGUGGCAGAAAAAGAAGGAAGGUUAUAAUCGGGGUGGGAUUAGAUCGACAUUCUUUGCAACCUCGGUUCGUUGAAAACAAUACUCAUCUUGCCCACUCUCUGGUUCGAUAUCUUGGCCUGUCUUCUCCUGGAGAGUUGUCGGAGUUUGGCAUCUUAUCUGCGGGCGACCUUGCUGAUUUAAUUUCAAGAGUAAGCACUGUUUUGACGAAUACUUUUGCAUUAACUUCACCCUCAUUGACACCAGUGGGGGUAUCGGUCUCGCCGCUUGUUGCACUUUUCAACCAUUCUUGUGAUCCAGGUGCAGUCAUAGUUUUUCCUCGGUCUUCUCGGAAUUACGCGGAGGAGCCGCAGAUGCAAGUCAUUGCUCUUAGAGACAUUUCACCCAAUGAGGAGGCGACGCUUUCACUAACCAGGGAUUACUAUCAGAUUCUGACCUCCUAUAUCGACACCACCCUACCUCGUUCUCUAAGACAGGCUGCAUUGAAGGAGACAUAUGACUUCACAUGCCAGUGUGAGCUAUGUCAUGACGACAACAAAAUAGACCCUCGUGAGUCCAUAUGGUGUCCAAAGUCGUGUGGAGGGAUGUGCCCUGCUCCUAGUGAUGAAAGCGAGAUAUAUCAAUGUGUGAAAUGCCGUGCAGUUGUGGCUACACCUGGAUUUAUCAUAGACGCGCUUCGUAUUGGACAAGAAGCAUUGGAGAAGGCAACUUCCAUUCAAGAUACGGAUCAUGAUAGGGCCUUACAGCUAACGACCAACAUCAUUCCGAUCCUUGUGUCUGCCGGUCUGACGCCAUCUUGUCACCCGCUAUUGGCCUUGAUAGGACUCCAUAAAUCAUUUCUCUUGUCUUCAUUGUCGGCAGACAUAGCACAAGAACUGCUGGACGAGACAAUCCGUACUGCAGCUAAGCACUAUAUGGGACUAUCCGUCAUACUCUGUGAUGGCCACCCUGUACGUGCCGUUGCCCUCGCGGAGCUCGGGAAGCUUUUGGCCGUUGAUGAACCCCGCCCCGUCACGUCACCACCCACAAAUAUCGCGUUCCCACCAUCCGGCCCUCCGCGACUCAAAGCUGCAUACGAAACACUAGUGCGUGCUAGACACGAACUGAUUAUCGGUUUUGGCAGAAACAACGACGGCGGUGAGCUCGGAAGAAAUAUUCGCGAGACAGUGGUGUCGUUAGAGAAAGAGCUUGGAGUGUGGACACAAGGCAUACACAACACGCUUCAAGACUGCUCAACUCCUCACAAAAAUGAAUAA